AUGGGAUUGUCAGAUACUCAAGUCAAAACCUGGUAUCAGAACAGAAGAACUAAGUGGAAGCGACAAGCUUCAGUCGGAAUUGAUCUUCUUAAUGAAGCUGGAAAUUUUGCUGCUGUUCAACAAGUCUUACGAUCAAAUCCAUAUUGGGCUAGUUAUCUGAGCUCUGCUCCUGGACUAGCUGCUGCUGCUGCAACUACACCAACACGCAUGCCACAACCACCUCCAGGAGCUAUGGCUGCUUUCUUACCUGCUGGACUCGCAUCAUUUCCGGGAGCUGCUGGAUUUCCGGCUAAUUUGCAAUUCUUAUCAUUCAUGCCAACCACAGCUUCAUUAAAUGGUCAAAGCUGUAUAUCAGCAGUCACAACACCCAGCACUAACACAACAUCAUCAGCUUCAAAUCUAAUCGCUCAAACCCCGAGUUCACCCAUAAAGCUUGAUCUGGAUGUAUCAUCAGAUAAAUCAGAUUAA